GUACAUGUUUACAAUCAUUUCUUGCAUUAUGUGCCUGCUUAUCUUGGUUAGCUGUACGGUACCGGCAGGCACGUGGUUCGGCCGCACCCCAAGUCCGACGGCCGGCCUUGCGCGGUCAAAUGCCAACCGAGAAUGCCGUUGUCGCCGAGACUGCAAAGAGGCAACAAUACGUUUCGCAACAUGCAACACGUAACACGCAACGCUGCACCUUCACCUUGAACCCAAAGCCCCAAGGCAACUUCGACAGGGGUCGUUUCCGUGUUGGUCUGGUCUGAACUUCGUGACUUCGACGUUGCGGGCCGAUCCACGUCAACACGGUCACAACCUUGAACCAACCAAGCGUGAGACCUUCAUCUCGAGUAUUUCCAAGUCCUAGUUGGAAAGUUUGGCCUCAGGUUCCACGAUGACACCGACUGAUAGUCCAGCUCCAGACGGGAAGCCUCAUCAAACCAGUAUCGACGAUGAAGCGACAGAGAGAACACACCUCCUAGCGUCGUCGCUUAUCGCGUCGGCCCAGGAUCCAGAUGUCGCUGAAGGUCUCACUUCCACUGCAUCAUCACAACCCAAACCAGACUCCAAACCGCUUCCCCGAUCGCAAAUCAUCCUCCUCUGCUAUGCGCGACUUGUGGAGCCCAUCGCUUUCUUCUCCAUCUUCCCGUACAUCAACGCCAUGCUCAUCUACAAUUCCGAUCUGGCCGACACCGACGUGGGGUUCUACUCGGGACUGAUCGAGUCGCUCUUCUCCCUGACGCAGAUGAGCGUCAUGAUGCUAUGGGGACUGGCCGCUGAUAGGGUGGGACGGAAGCCGGUGCUGGUUUUCAGUCUGAUCGGCGUCAGCAUCGCGACGGCGCUUUUCGGGUUCGCGAGGACCAUUUGGCAGAUGAUUCUGUUCCGCUGCAUAGCUGGUGUGUUUGCGGGCACCAUUGUCACCAUCAGGACUAUGAUCAGCGAACACAGCACCAAGGAGACACAGGCCAGGGCUUUCAGCUGGUUCGCCUUUGCCGGCAAUUUGGGGAUUCUGAUCGGGCCCUUGAUUGGAGGAGCACUUGCUGAGCCGGCGACGCAGUACCCACGCGCUUUUGGGAAUGUCGCAUUUUUCAGGCACUUCCCGUACACGCUUCCAAGUUUUGUUGUGGGCAUCAUUGGUCUCAGCAGCGUCGUUACCUCGGCCCUCUUCGUCAAAGAAACGUUGAAACCUAAGUCCAAGGACGGCAGCGACGAACCCAAUGGCGAACCCGACUCCAUCCCAAAGCCCCCAACCCUAUCUACCUGGGAACUCGUCAAGUCUCCUGGCGUAGGCGUCGUGCUCUACGUCUACGCCCACAUCAUGCUCCUCGCCUUCUCCUACACAGCCAUCGUCCCCGUUUUCUGGUUCACCCCGAUCCACCUCGGUGGCUUCGGCUUUACUCCCUUCUAUAUCUCCAUCUGCAUGGGCCUGACCGGCUUCUCACAGGCCUCCUGGCUACUGCUCAUAUUCCCACCGCUCCAGCACCGCAUCGGUACCAACGGCGUUAUGCGUCUCUGUGCGUACGCGUACCCAAUUGUCAUGGCUACCUGCCCCUUGCUGAACUUGCUCCUACGCCAAGGCACCCCCGCAGCCGAGUGUGCUUUCUGGAUUCUCGCUCCGAUCUUCUUGUUGGUUGGCCCCGGUGUCAGCAUGUCGUUUACUGCCAUCCAACUCGCGCUCAACGACGUCAGUCCCAGCCAGAAAACUCUGGGGAGGUUGAACGCGUUGGCGUUGACGGGAAUGAGCGCAUUGAGGAGCUUUACGCCUGCCUUGUUCACGACGAUUUUUGCGGUUGGGGCCAGGACGCAGGUCCUGGGAGGCUACCUCGUUUGGUUGGUUAUGGUUCUAAUAAGCUUGGGGUUCACGGUUGUGGUUAGAUGGCUGCCGGCGGCGAGUGAGAGAGAUUAUCCUGGGAUACAGGAGGACGAUGCAGUAGCAGAUAAUGGGGAUGGCAAUGGGGCUGUGGUGGAUGAAGAGGGUAGGGAGAGGCCGUCUUGAGGGGGUGAGAAUCCACCUUGCUCGAAUAGACGAGACGUGAAGCACUCUUAGACCGUCCGGAUGAUACCACAUACACAGUAUCUCGCGCAGAUCUUUUGUACUUUCGUUAGAUGUUAACAUACUAUUUAGAGGCCAUGCUAAUAGUGAAAGGCUCCCGUAA